GUAACACUGCUGACGUGGUGUUGAACCCUGAUUGACAACUGGAGCCUGUUUUUGGCAAAUAAUGUACUGAGUGGUGGUGGAAAUAAAUAUAUAAUUUUAUAUUAAUACAUGAAGAUUUCCUAAUUUCCUAGUAAUUGUUGUAAAUUGAGUUUUCCGUGUUCAUAGUAAUUGUUGUGUAAAGUGUGUUAUUACGUUCAUGGUCUUAAUGUUGGCAGAGUAUAAGCCAUGUCGGACAAUAAAAAUAUCGAUAAUUCUCCCGAAAGAAAGCAACUGGAUGCUGACGAGGGGAAUAUAGCACCGUCAUCGAGUGAAGUGUCCAGCAUCGCGGGAAGUGUAAAAACAGCCAGGACACCCCAUAGAAUAUCAUCAUCAUCAGAAAGACAAAUUAAGUUUGAAAGAGCUCAAAAAUGUCUUGAAAAUGCAGCACUUGUGUCCAAAAGGAUUAAAGAGCACAGAAAGGCGACAGCAGAACUAUUGGGCCGACCUUUUGAAGAAGAUGAUGGUGAUACAGCAUCAGAAAUGGCGUCCACCAUGAGUGAGAGGACUGGUUAUUCUGCUGCGACAGACACCUCAACUACAUUGUCAGUGCAAGAAGCCUUAAAUAUACCUGGCAUAAGUGAAAGUCUAGCAAACACACUAAAACAGAAAGAGAUUUUGAUGGAAAGGAUAAAACAAUACAAAGAAAUUAGUAAACGGCCAGCAAAAAAUACAUUAACACAUGUUAGAAAAGAUUCUGCAGUAGAUUUAAAACUGGAUAAAGGAAAGAUUGCUGAUAACAAUGAUAUUGUUCAGUUGACAACUACAAUAAAGGAAAAAGAAAAUGCUUUAAGUGUGAUGCAAGUCAAAAUGAAAGCAAUGGAAACAACUAUUUUAGACUUGCAAGAAAAGAUCAAUGAGAGGGAUCAGAUUAUAGAAGCUAAAAAUAUGGCUACUACACUUAUGUCUGAUACAUUGAGUAAAAGAGAAAAAGACUCUUUGGCAUUACUUGAAGAUACCAGGACACAAAUGACUAAGAUGCAGGAAAACUUUAUAGCCAUGGAGACUGAAUGGAAUGAAGAAAAACAAAGAUUGCUCAAAGAUAUACAAUCUAAAGACGAGAAAAUUUGUAGUUUAGAAGAAGCCAAUAAAAUCCUUGAAGCUUCCAGAUUUGAAAUAAGUUUGGCUCAUGCAAAAAUAGCAGAAGAAUUGGAUUUGAAAGCACAAGAAAUUUCAAAAUUAGAAAUGGCUCUACAAAACUUGACACAAGCUAGCACAGAAUCUUCGCCUAAAGAAAAGUUAGAUGUGGAAGAAGAAAAAGGGUCUCGGGAAAUAGCCAGUAUGGUAGAACUUACUAAAAAAAUUGAGUUGUUAGAACAGUUAAACUGUCAAAUAAGGCAAACUAACAAGGAACUAGAAAAUAAAUUGGCUACAAUAAAUGCAGAACCGAAAUCGACAACAGGAAGCUCUCCAAGUAAAAAAGGUAGCCCAGUACCCACUCGAAAGACGGGUAGAAAUACUGCUUCGAAAAUGAAAUCUCCCUGGAGUCACUUGUCUUCAGAAACAUUACAUCAAGAUACAGAUAAGAAAUUAACAAAAUGAGAUAUCGAGAUUGAAAUGGUAAUACAGUCUCUGAAUAAAGAUAUUUUAGAAAAGGAAUACAUUAUAUCCCAGAAACAGGAAUUGAUAUCAGAACUACAAUCUGUUACUACACAUCAGGAAAAUACAGAAGCAAAAUGCGUAGACAUGGUUGAUAUUGGUGUUUGUACUGAUUUAGUAAUUGAAGAUCUGAAAACGAAACUGUCUACAUCAGAAGUUGAUGUAAAACACUAUAAAGAAAUGCAAUUCUCUUAUGAAAAGCAAACCUUGGACAUAAAAGAAUUAGAAGAAAAGUUAAAAAGUGCAAAUGAACAAAUUACAUUACUUAACAAUGAAAUUAAAGCAGCUAAUAAAAAUAUGAUCAAAGAAAAAUCAACACAUAAAUUAAAAGUAAAACAAAUGCAGAAGACUAUUGAUAACUUUAGUAAAAUGUCUGAUAACAAUGCUGAAAUUGCAAGACUUAAUGAAGAAUUGCAUCAACUUUCGCAGAAAGUUGCAGAAUUGGAGGAAGAAAAAGGCAAUUUACAAUUGCACUUGGUUGAUUAUGACAGUGGACGGUUGACGGAAUCUGAUGUCUAUAAGAAAAUGUUAGAAAUGGAGAACUUAGCUGAAACAAGGCUUCAGUCAAUUAGUGUAUUAGAAGCACAGAAGUUCGAUUUAGUUCAAGAAUUACAUGUUUUGCAACAAAAAAAUAAUGAAAUGGAAGAUAAACUAGCGGACAUAUCUCAGCUACAAAAUGAACAUGUUUGCUCAGAAAUGAAAUCUGUUCAAUUAGAAGAACAGAUUGACGAGCUAACUGCUUUAAAGAAGGAGCUAGAAAUUAUCGUAGAAAAUUUGAAAUUAGAUAAAGAACAGUUGAAUGGAACAAUCAAAUUAUUGGAGGAAGAAAAAGAAGAACUCAUACAUAAACUCGAAAAUUAUAUACAAGAAAAUAUGGAGCUCACUGAUAAAUUAGACAAAUUAAGUGCAGAGAAAGUUAGUUCUGCAGAAUCUAUAGAGAUUGUGGAAUCCUUAACUACCCAAGAAAAAUUGGAACUUGAAGAGUAUAACAAAGGCAUGGAAAGCAAAGUCGAUGAUGAUGAAGCAGGCAAUGUGUCCCCACCAAACGAAAAAAGUAUAGAAACCCUAAUGGAACAAAGUGCAGAUUUAAACAAAAGAAUAGAAUUGUUUACUCAGGAACGGGAAGAAGUUAUGGAUAAAAUGAGCAAGAUUAACAUUGAAAACAAUUUGUUGCAUGAAAAAAUAGUUGAUUUAACAAACCAAUGUGGUAAUCUGCAAAAUAAUAUAGAUUUGAUCACCAAUGAAAAGAUUAAAUUACAAGAGCUUAAUGAAGAACUCAAUCAACAUAUUGAAGGACUAAAACGUGAGCGAGUGGAAAUAUUAAAAGAAACUGUUGAAAUGACAAAACCAUCAAAUGUCGAGGAAUCUUCAGAAAGCAUUCCUUCCGAACCGCCACAAGAUGAAAAAUCUGUGGGUGACAAAAAUGUUAGCAGAACUAAAUCUGUUAAACAAUUGACAAAAGAAAUCCUUAAGCUGAAGAAUACAAUAAAAGAGAGAGAAGCUGAAAUUGCAGACUCCCAGAUGAAGAUAUUGUCCUUAGAAGAGCAACAGCAGAAACAAAGCGAGUUACUACAGAGUAUUUCUUCAUAUGAACAUAAAGUUAAAACUCUUACUGAUGAAAACCAUCAAUUGAAAGAGGAAAUAGAAGUAUUAAGUAGAAAUCAAGAAUCUGAACAGCAAUUAUUGCAGUACAAACAAGCAAACGAAUGUUUGCAGCAAGAUAUCCAUAAAAUACACCAAGAGUAUUCUGCAACUCUUAGCGGUCGAGAUAGUCGAAUUAAUGAAUUGGAAAGUCUUCUUUUGGAAUAUGAAAAACAAAUAUGCAGUUACGGAAAUACUAUACAGCAAAAAGACAAAGAAAUGACAGAGUAUAUAAAUCAAAUAACUAAACUGAAUGAUGUGUCACAAAAACUAAAGUCAACUAUUGAAUUACUUGAAGAAGAAAAGGCUAAAGAUCAAAAUGCUGAAUUGGUAAAGUCUCUAAAUAAGCAAAUAGGUGCGUUUCAGAAAAAGCUUGUAGAGUAUGAAAAAACUAUAAGUCAAUUAGAAGAGGAAAAAUCACAGCUUCUCUCAGUAAAAGCUACUCUAGAGAAUAAAAAUAUUACCUUAGACACAGAGUUAAAGAAGUUGCAAGAAGCAUACAAUGAAAAUCAAAAUCUUAUUGUUGAAUUACAGACCCAACAGCAAAAACAUUCAGAGGAAGUUUCGGGGCUAAUGACACAAAAUAAAGAACGAGACGAAGAGAUUCACGAAAUAAAGUUGCAACUAAGGAAGGAAUCUAUAGAAAAUGAAAAAUUGCACACAAGUGUUACCGAAAAAGAUAAGGAAUUAAAUAAAUUGACACAAAUGUUUAAAGAAACCACCGAGAAAUUCGACAAAUUAUCUUUUGAAAAGAAUAAUUUACAACAGGAAUUUAAUGCCAUAGAAGCAAAAAAUAAAGAAUUACUGGAAAAAUUGAAAAAGUUUGCUGUCAAUAUAAAGAAAAAGGCGUCAAUGUAUACUGAACUAGAGACAGCACACCACGAAAUACAAAAGCAGUUAGAAUCAAAGAAUUCUCAUAUAGAACAGUUAGUGAUCCAAGUAGAAACACUUCCAGUGUUGCAAGAUAAAUUAAAACACGCUGAAGAGGAAAUAAACAGGUUGCAAGUACAGAAAAAUAGUUUAGAUAGCCAAAAGUCACAAGAUAUUAUACAAAUGCAAUCUGAAAUGGCAUCUUUGGAGAAUCAACUGAUAAAAUACACAGAGCAACUAUCAGUAGCAAAUGAAUCAUUAACUUGUAUUACUCAAGAAUUAAACGAAGUUCGAGAAGAGAACGUUCUACUGAAAAAACAUGUAGAUUCUUUAAACAAAAAAAUAGUCGAGUACGAAAUAGAUCAGAAAAAUAGCGCAAAUUUCGUAACAAAGAUCGCAGCCAUGGAAGCCGAUAUAAGUCAGAAAGAUAAUCAAAUAGCUGACUUGUUAAGUAAAUUUGAACAAGAAGAUAACAUUAGAACUCAAAUGCAAUUUGGUUAUGAUGCUAAAAUUCAAGAAAGAGAUCUAUACAUAGAGAAUUUAGAAGCGGAAAUUAGUAAGUAUAAGAGUCGUAUAGAUCGUCUUGAAGAUUCUGUGUCAAUUAUGGAAGACAGAAGACAUUCACUCGAACGUAAAGCUGAUCAAUUGGGCACUCAACUACAAGAAAAACAAAAGGCCUAUAAUGAAUACACAAAUCAAGAAGAUGAAUUAGUCAGCAGACUGGCAGUUCUCAUAGAUCACGACAGAGUUGUUGAAAAACAACUGUAUGAAAUAGAUAAUGAAAACAAAGACUUACAAAAUAAAGUCCAACAUCUAAUGGAUGAAAAUCAGAGACUACGAAAGUCUUUGUCUGAUAUACAAGAGCAUUGUAAUCAGUUUGUCGAUAAAGCAAAUAAAUUUGAAUCGGCUGAAUCAGAAAUGGCUAAAUAUCGAUCACAAGUGCAAGACCUCGAAACACAAAUAAAGCGAAUUACACAUGAUUAUCAAACAUUAAUAUUGCAGAAGAAAAAAGAAAUUGAAGAUUUAGAAUUAGAAUUUAAUACACAAAUUGAGAGCGCUAUUAAAGAUAAAAAAGUUUUAAAUGAAAAAUGUGAAAAAUAUAGUGAACGAGUAUUACAGCUAGAAUCACAGCUUCAAGAAUAUAGACUCAAUAUUGAAAAUCUUAACCUGAAUAUUGAAGACCUGAACAGGGUUAAUGAAGAAUUAUUGACAAAAAGUUCAAGCAAAGAAACUUAUGUUGCUCCAGAUUAUACAGAACAAUAUAUUAGUGAAAUAAACAAAUUAAAUUCAGUGAUUAGUAGUAAAAACCAAGAAAUAUCAGAGUUAACCAAUAAAUUUCAUAUUAAUCAAACAAAUAAUCUAACAAUUGUAUCUAAUUUGGAAAGUAACAUAUCAGAUCUGAAUGUCAAGCUAAACAAUGCAUCAGCUGAAAUAGCUCGAUUACUACAAGAAGGAAGCGCCUUAAAGCUAGACAAUGAGCAGCUCCAAAUUCUCCUGAAUCAAAAAGAAGAACUAAUAAAGGAAUUAAGAGAUACGAAAUUAACCUUCGAAAUGAAUAUUCCGAAAACAGAAGGUAUGGUUAUAUCAUCUACGAUUGAGCCAUUAAGUGAAGAAUCAAAAGGCUUUGAUUUAUCAUCUAUAGAAUCACAAAUUAUUUCUGAUCUUUCUGAACCUGUUAUUGUCAAAAAAGAUAAAUCAAACCAAGCUUCAGGAUUGAAUACAGGCAUUAGCACAUCUAAUCCUGAUAACGUAGAGCCUAUUAUUACCCCUAAAAAGGCUUAUGAAUGUUAUAUGGGAGACGAAAAUCAACAACCCACGCCAGAAGCUGAUCCGUUUAAUUCAGACGAAGGAUGGGGUCUAGGGGAAAAUGAAGAGGAAUUAGCAAGCAUCACGCCAGGAUUAACACAUUUACAAGAUAAAAUAGACCAACUAAAAAAACAAAAUGAAAGCUUACAAUUUGAGUUAGAUACGAGUAACGCAAAACUUGUGAAAGCUUUAAAGAAAUUAAAAGAGCUUAAAUCCAGUAAUGACAUGUUAAAGAAUGAAUUGAAAGUUUCCAAACAGGUGUCGCAGUCGACUUUCCUCGACAGUGCAAUUGAAGAUGAGCUUAGAAUCCAUAUUCAUGAAUUAGAGAAGAAAGUAGAAGAAUUAAAUGUGGAUCUUAUAAAAGAAAAACGGGAUAAAGAAUCUAUAAAAAAACAAAAUGAAGUAUUUAGCAAUGCUAACGAAAGGUUGACCGAUAUGAAAGAGAAAUUAGAUAAUGAAAUUGAAUUGUGGAAAUACAAAUUUAAAGAGGCAAAUGAUAAGGUUUCGUCUUUACAAUGGGAUGAAGAGUCUAAACAUGUCUCGCAAGGUGCAGUAAGCAUUACCAGAACAUUUAAUGAAGACCGGGUUAAUGACGAAAUAAUGAAGAUAGAAAAAGAAAAUGAAGAAUUACAAGCCGUUAUAGAUCAGUUGACUUCACGUAAUAAUGAACUUAUAUCGGAACAAAAACAACUAAAAAUUGAAAUAAGUAACCUUAAUAGUAAGCUAAAUAAGGAUAUUUCCUCUACAGAGAAUUAUGAAGCAUUGUAUAAUAAUUAUCUCGAAUUGCAGCAGAGUUAUGCAGUUUUGCAAAGAGAUAACCAGAAUUUAAAAGAACAAUUAGACAAUGUCCAAAGUUUAUUAUGUAACGCAACUGCAGAAUGCGAAUCUUACAAAACCCAAUAUGAAAAUAUUCACAAGGUUUCAGACAAAGAAAAGGCUGAAUUGACAGAUAGGUGUUCCCAUUUAAAUGAAGAGAUAACAUUGCUGAAACAGGCAGAAUUAGAAUCUAAGAAAUAUAUAGAUCAAUUAGCUUCAGAGUUAAAUAUGACUAACUCUAAAUUAAUCGAAUAUGGGGGAAAGCAAAGUAAUGCAAGUGCUUUACAAGAACAAUGCCAAGUUUUGGAGACUCAAGCUUCAAAACUAACCCAAGAUCUUCAAAAUGCCCGUCUCAAAGUUUCACAAUUGGAAAAUGACAAUUCUGAGCUUGUGAAGCAAUCAACAGAAUAUACAGAAAAGAUUAAUGACUUGAAUGCUAAAGUGGAAAAUUUAAAUGCGGAAAACGAUAACUUGUUGUCUACAGUAGCCGAAUUACGAAAUUCAGUAUCGAGUGCCGUUGAUCAACGUGGUUUUGAAAUUGCUGAAUUAUGGAAACAACACUUAGCUCAAAGGGAAGCUGAUUUCCAAAAAAUCGAACAUGAGCUUCGCACUCAAUUAGGUGCAUCUGAAGCAAAAUACGAACAAUUACUGGAGAACGUGCAAUCUUCGAGUCAAGAAGAAACUAGUAGAUUGAUUAUGGCAGAGCAGUUAACAUCGAUCCAAAAUAAAUUACAAGAAAAGGAAGAUCAUGUUCACAGCCUUCAAGAGAAAUAUACUGAAGUAAUGAAUCAGCUACACGUUCUGCGCUCUGAAAUGGACGAUGAAAAGGUUACUCACGAUAAUAGACUACUCGAACAACAAGAAGAAUAUGAAAAAGUAAUUCAAGAGCUUACAUCCAAAAAUCGCCAAAACACGGAGUCAUUUGAAAACACAUUUAAAAAUAUUAAUGAGGAACUGGCGACUUGUAAAGCAAGUAACGAUGACUUAAUCCAGCAGAAUAAAGAAUUGCAGAAUAAAAUUACUCAACUUGAGACAGAAAUAUCAAAUUUGACAAAACAGGUUCAACUUAAAGAAAGCGAAAUAUACCAAAAGACACAUGAUUAUAAUAUAACUAUAUCUCAAAGAAACGAAGAGUUUGAGAAUGUUAGAAAGCAACUGCUUGAAUAUGAAAAGAGGAUUGAAGAUUUAAGUUAUGAAAAAGAAUCAGAAUUAGCAAUCAUGCGGUUGAAAAUGCACGAAAAUGUAAAUCAUUACGAAGGCUUGCAAAAGGAAUUCGAGUCAGAAAAAUCAGCGUUGGCAGAGGCAUUGACCACAAAAAUAACAGAAUGUACAACUCUUAAUAAACAGAUAACCGACUUGAAUAAGACAUUAGAGGAACAAUCGACAAAAUAUGUUGAAAUGCAGAUGGCGUUAGAAAACCAAGAAGUCGAAAUAGUUUCACUAAAAGAUGAAAUAUCUAAUCUAAGCAUUUUGCUUAAAUCAUCAAACAGCAAAAUACCGAAGCAUGUUUCGUUCGCUUCUGACACCAAACCAGGAGAUGGCGAACGAUCGGAAGGUAGUCUAAACAACGAGCUAUUGGACGCUGUUCCCAAAGCUGAAUUAGAUCUAGCGUUGUACAUGUUGCACCAGAGAGAUGUUCGUUGUGAAGAGCUUACAAUGGAGUUGACACAGUUAUUGGAUGAAAGAGAUACGUUGCAGAUACGCCUAUCUGAUAGUUUACGAUCAUAUGAAGAUUUAAAGUCUAAAUAUAAACCUGCGGAUUCGCCACAGCCCUUGACUAUUACGGAUGAUACUGUAGCAGAGCUUCCGAGUUUCAGUAUUGAAAGGGAACACCAAUUCGUUGAAACUCACCGAGGACAGACUUCACGCAGCAGUAGCAUCAGCGAUCCUGACGGUGAAAAACCAAAGUUGCAAGCUAAAUUAUCGGAACUACGCAGUGUGAAGCACAGCCGUGACGUGAGACUUCGACACGAGAGCGAGCAACGGCAGCUGGACCUUAGGUUACUCCAAAGUGACGUCGCCAAUUUGCCACCUGAAGCUGUCAGCCAAUUGACGCAAGCUCACCAUACCCUUUCACGGGAUUCACAAAGUACCUCUACAGUGCUUCUGAAUUGGCUUCGAGGGAAGAGUACACCAAAAGUAGUCCAUAUGUAAGGUUUAAUACUUUUAUUAAUAUUUAUUAGGUAACAUGUGACAUUUUAAUAUAAAUCUUAAUUAUAUUUAUUGAUUAUGGAUGUACAGAUGUAAUAAUGUGUAUAUUUAUAUAUUUCUAUUAUUUUCUUGUUGUGAUUCUUUUUGCAUUUAAUUUUUCAAUAAUAUGCCACCACCCAUGAGGCAUAAUUUUAAAGUGUUUUGUUUAAACAUCUAGUUGUAAAAUUUGUGCCCAAUCUCAGUACGCCAAUGAAACAACUGGAUUCCGGCAGUAUCAAUUUUGACAAAAAUCUAAUAGUAUAUUGAAAUACCUCUAAUUUAUUUCGUAACGAGGAAUGUUUUAUUAUAACAUAAUUAAAUAAUUAAGCAUUACUAAAAUCUUUCUACAUUAAAGGAUUUUCUUGAUCAAGUUAAAUGAUACUGCUGGACAUCUAUCUAUAUUUUGUCAUUGUUUGUGUGUCAUUGCAUAUAAUUGAAUUAAAUUUUUAUUUGACACGCGAAUACAAUGACUGUAGUUUCUAAAAGAACGAACGAACGACAAAUCUUUGUAUUGAUAACGCUAUAUGCAUUCCUAUUCCACAAAAGCUUCUUUCUGAACUUUUUAUGGUUACAUUAACCUCCAUUUUUUACUUAUUUGAGUUGAAACUAAUAGGCAACUAGUAUCUUAAAUUACUUAGGUUCUCACUCUUAUACAUUAUACAGAUCGAGGUAAUUAAGUAUUGUUUAAUUUGAAUAGGCUAUUUAAAAGCAUGCAAAAUAAUUACUUAUUUAUUGCCAUCCAUGUAAAUUAUAGAGUAUGUAAGAAAUUUGCAAUAAUAUGUAAUAUAAAAAUAUUGAAUAUUUUUACCGAAAACCUAAAUAAAGUUUCUUUCUUUUAGCGAUAUUUGCGAUGACGUCAUAAGUUUAAAAUAUUUGCUGUCAUAGCUGGUAAUAUGUUUAGUGUUUACAGACAGGUGACGUCAUGUUACUGAAUUAACGCCAUAUUGUCAUUUUAAACUUUAUUUUUUUAAAACUGAAAUAAUAUAAUAAUUAAAAAUAACAAUAUUUUCAGAAGCUAUAGAACACCAAUGAAUAAUGUGUGAUGGUUUCUAGAAACUAAUUGAAUAGCCUAUUCUGCUGACAAAUUCGUCGUUGUAACAAAUUUAUCAAAAGUAUAAUCGAAAAAUUAUAUAAGUAGGUCAGCUUACAACUCCGACGUCUGGAGUUGUGAAAACCAAUAGUAUUUCUUCGGCCAAACCAAUGUGGGGAAUUUGUAACCAAGUGACCUUUAUUACUAUGAUUAGUUUCAACUUUAUGUGAAAUGCUAUAUUCUUCCUAUUUCUUCUUCUCGUUUAGACUUAUUUCAUUUUAAUGUAGUGUAUAUUGACUCCGAGUAAAAGCGGGGUUGUCGUGUUUUGUUAAGUGAUUAAACGUGCCUUUUCAUACAAAUAUUUGUUGUAAUCUGCGUUAUUAUUUCAAAAUUAUGUAAAGUUAUGUAUAUAGUUAGGUGCGAAGCGUAGCCUGCGCAAGUAAGUUGUACAUUUUUGUUUCAAUUAAAAUGAAUUGGAGAAA